AUGUUUCCACAAGACAUCACUCUUGGGUUUCUUGCUGCAAUCACAAUAGGGACUAUAGCAAACGUCCUCCUCUUUUUCUCUGAUAUGUUGUAUGUCCCUUCUGGCCACAAGAUAAGUUCUUUAACCCUUAUUUUCACCCAGCUGAGCCUGGUGAACAUCACCAUGCUUCUUAGCAAGGGAAUCCCACAAUUAUUCCUGGGUCUGGGGUGGAAGAAUUUCCUGAAUGAUGUUGGAUGUAAAGUUGUAUUUUACCUUCGCAGACUGAGUGAGGGCCUUUCAAUUUCCUUGACUUGCCUCCUGUGUAUCUUCCAGGCUAUCACCAUCAGCCCCAGCAAUUCCAAGUGGGCACAGUUCAAAGUCAGAGCCACACAACACAGCACCCCCUUUUGUUUCUUCUGCUGGAUCCUCAAUCUGCUGCUGGAAAUUCCUAUACUAAUAAUUGUAAAAGGCCCAAGAAGCAGGCACAACAUUACAACUGCAUUUGAAAAUUUGCAUUGUACUUCAAAUGAAAUUAGCCGUCUUUAUUUGAUAAUAACCACUUUCAGAAAUGUUCUUUGUUUUGGACUCAUGGUCUUGGCCAGUGGCUACAUGGUACUUUUCCUACACAAUCACCACCAGCGUGUCCAACAUAUUUGGAGCACCAGCCUCUCAUCCAGAAGGCACCCUGAGACCAGAGCCACCCAGAUCAUCCUUUUACUCAUGAGCACAUUUGUCAGCUUUUAUUCACUCACCUCCAUUUUUAUUCUUUUUGUCCAUUAUUUUGACCUAAGUUCUCCUUGGGCAUUGCCUGUUGCCGUCUUCCUGUCACUAUGUUAUCCAACCAUUAGUCCCUUUGUAUUGAUGCCCAGAGCAUUCUGGACCUUCUUAAUUAUCUGGGCCAAAAAAGGUCCCCAUUCUCACAGUGGCCUCAGCUGUAAGCAUGGAGUCAUCAAGAGAACUUCACUCCCUCCUAUAACUCCCAGCCUGCUAAACUUUCUUGAAAUUGGACAUAAGACCCAAAGUUUCUUAACUAGAAAAAUCAAGUAA